CGCAGCAGCCAUUAUGGCAAUGGCCGUGGCGCAGCUGCAAGGGUUACUGUCCAGUGUGCGCCCCAUAGGAGUCUAACUUAGGACUCUGCGGUGUGGUGAAUCCACGCAGUCACCAACGUCGGCGAUCUCGAGUUAAGAAAAACACAUGGCCGGCCCUGGAACCGGGGUAAACCGCAGCCUGCAGGUCGCCGUCGGUGGUCCGUGGGCCGAUGCCAAGUUCAGCAUCCCAGCUUCAAAGGCUGACUGUAAAAGGAGGAUCCUUGCGGGCCUGUGCAUGUAUCAUCAGGGUCUGUGCUACUACCUACCUCUCCUCCCUCGCUCGCUCGCUGCUCGGACAGACAGCUUUCUGAUUCUGCUCUAAACAAUCGCGAAGCUGCAGUACGGAGUCCAGCGCAAGAGAGCUCAGUACCUACCUACUCUUCACCGAACAGACAGUCCCGACUCGGAACAGAGUCAUAUUUUGGCAAGCAUGCCUCUGGCCGACCCCAAGGUCCAGAACAACCUGGGCACCAGCUGUUCCGGAAACGCCUCGUUUUACGUCUGCGAUGAGAGAGACACCAAGUUCCUGGGCUGCUGCAGCAUCAACCCGUGCAAGACGGACGAUGGCCUCUGCCCGGACGACGACUUUGAGUCCGCCUCGUACCGGGACUCUUCACACGCUCUCAUCAUGGCGCAAGACUGCCAGAGCGAUGCGCCCGAGGUGCAGUGGUGGACGUGCCUGGCCAACGACCCGCCCUUCAUGGGCUGCUGCUCCCUGAACCCCUGUGCCAAGGGCGAGUGUCCGUCCAAGAACCUCUUCCCGGCCAAGCUGAGCAGCGAAAAGGAGAACGCAAAAGCGUUCCUGCCCGAGGACUACUACGACGAAAAGGGGCUCUCCAAGGGGGCCAUUGGGGGCAUCGCGGCCGGUGCCGUCGUCGGUGGCCUUGUCGUCAUCGGCGCGCUGAUCUGGUUCUUCCUCCGCCGCAAGAAGGCCAGGAAGGCGGCCACUGCCGCCGCCUCCAGUCAGAGCUACGAACCGUAUGCCAAACACGGGGGAUCGACCAUGGCCGGCUCCGAGGCGGCCAUGAGCCCUCAUAUGCAGAAGCACGAUCCCUUCCCGCCAUACUCGCCCUACCAAUCGACUUACACGGGCACGCCCAACCCGCAGCAUCAGAGCAUGGGGUCACCGCCUCCGCAGUGGCACCAGCAGCACGGGAGCCCGGAGAUGAACAAUGGCGCAUGGGGCGGCGUGAGCACCGCGUCGCCGGAUCCUUCGCAGGGGCAGUUCAGGGAGAGCAUGCACUCGUCGUACGCCGGGUAUGGGGGACAGCAGCAGCACCAGUCGUUUGCGUCCGAGCUGCCGGCCACGGCCGAGUACACAACGACGGGCCACACGCAUGCGGCCGAAAUGGAUGGCGGGUCGACGGUGGUGCCGCAGAAGAGGUGAUUGGUAUGUUCAUAUUCAUGGAUUGGUCGGUUGGCUGGGCGUUUAUGGGGGGAGCAUUUUCAUCAGUACCCUCUGUGCGUCAGGGUUUCUACGCAUAUAUGGGGGGUUCUGAAUUAUUUGUCUAUAAAGAUUUCUAUGAUAUACUCUAGUCUAGCGAAAAAGUAAUGGAUGAUUCUCACGGUGCUUGACCCGACUGUCGCUUGGUGUGCGUUGUAGGUA